GUAGCGGGGGCGCCGGCUGCGGGCGACAGCAGACCUACGGCGAUGCUGACUCGGGCCGCGGCGCGGUCCGGACGUGCUGUGGUGCGGCCCUCGGCGUCGGUAGCGGCAUCCUCGCGGCACCAGACGGCGUCCGCGGCCGGCCAGCCACUGUCUGUACAGCACGACACCGUCGACCGCGAGCUGUUCAUCGAGCUUCCCGGCUCCGACGAAAAGGCGUACCUGCAGUAUGAGCACGUGUCGGAAGACGUGCUGGACCUGCAGCACACGGUCGUCCCGAAGUCCUUCCGGGGGCGGGGCGUAGCGAAACUUCUCGCCAAGGCUGCCUUUGAUUACGUUAUCCUGGAGGACAAGAAGAUGAAGCUGACGUGCUGGUACCUGCAGAAGUAUCUCAAGGAUGACCCAUCCACCGAGUAUGCCAGAAGGCUGGUGGAAUAGCCGAGUGUAGAUUUAUUGGAUUCCAUGGGGCUGGGAACAGCUGGCAAGAGUGCUAACUCUAUUUCGAUAUCGAAGGGAGCGGUUACAUUAUUAUGGCGCGCUGGACUGAGGGGUGGUGGCGCGCAGGACUGAGGGGUGGUGGCGCGCUGGACUGAGGGGUUGUGGUGCGCUGGACUGAGGGGUUGUGGUGCGCUAGACUGAGGGGUGGCGUCGCGCUGGGCCGAGGGGUUGUGGUGCGCUGGACUGAUGGGUGAUGGCGCGUUGGACUGAGGGGUUGUGGUGCGCUGGACUGAGGGGUGGUGGCGCGCUGGGCCGAGGGGUUGUGGUGCGCUGGACUGAGGGG